UUGUCCUUAGUCUCCACUGAGACGCCACACGGCGCAGUCGAACGCGCGGAUUUUGGUGUUCUGUGUGAAUUUCUCUCCCAACCAUCUGGUGUAUUGUGAAAGAACAUUAAAAGCAUAUACAUCACGAACAGAUACAAUAAACCGAUCAACAACUAAAUUAACGUUGUUUUCAUCAAAGUGUAAAUAAAAUUGCUCGAUCGGAUCGAUCGAUCUUUGUAAAUUGAUCUGAUUGAUCGGUUUGAAAUAACUGAAAAAUGAUGCACGCUAUGAGUGAACACACAGGUGGAGCUGGAGGGCUAGGUGUCAGCGUGCUUCCCUUCGAUGGUAUGGGUUUGUUUGAACAACAACGACCUAGGUUUCUCUUCAAGAUGCCCAAGGUUGUGCCGAAUCAAAAAGCCAAAUUCGAGACGGAGGAACUGUUCAGGAGAUUGAGUCGCGAAAGCGAGGUCAGAUACACUGGAUAUCGAGAUAGACCAGUUGAAGAACGUCAGGUACGCUUUCAAAAUGGCUGUCGGGAAGGUUACACGGAGAUUGCAUUCGCCGCGACUGGAACAAACCUCCAGCUUGUUUUUGGUAAUGCAUCUGGAAAUUACGGUGGUGACAUUAACGACUGCGAUUUUGAAAAAGAACGGGGCAAGGUACAUCUCAGGUCUCGCUUAAUAAUGAACGGCGUGUGCGUGAUGUGGCGUGGAUGGAUAGAUCUGGAGAGGUUGGACGGUGUUGGAUGUCUGGAAUACGAUGAGAAACGUGCCGCUGAAGAAGACGCUCUUCUUCGCGACCAAUUAGAACGUUAUAACCAACGAGUACGUGAUUUCGACGAGAAACAAAGGGCGUACAGAAGUGGAGCUACUCAACCACCUCACUUGAAUCAUCAUCACCAUCACCAUCAUCAUCACCACGGUCAUCACAGCCACCACGUGGCCGGAAGUGGUUCUGGAACCAGCGGAACCAUCGAGCCUCAUCUCACCCACCGACAGGAUCCCGAGAUGGAAGUCAGAUUGAGGGCCUACUGAGGCUCCGAGAAAGUGACCAACGAAACCACUUGACUCCUCUUCGAUUUCAGAUUACUUCCGGAUCGUCCUCGAGUCAACCGAAGACUGGUGGGAGAAAUGAGAGACGAGAGAUCUCUUGGGAGGAAUGUGGCUAACGGUUUGACACGCGUUCGUAAGGUAUUCACGUUUUUUGGAGUGUAAUUGCACAAGAUUGAGAAUCGCGAGAUGUUGGUAGAGAUUUGUUUGCGGUGACUUACUGUUUUCGAUCUGCGCUGAAUAUUUUUGAAGCUAUUGGAUUUGAGUCAUUUUUCGGAACAAUGGAAUUUUUAUUUUUAGUCGGACAUUUCUAACGCGUCCUUUGGAAAUAAUACGUGUCGAUACUUUUGACUUUUCGUAGAAAAUUUCUUGAAGCUCCUGACAAUUCUCGUCCCAGAUUUUUCCCACCGUUGAUGAUGUAUCAUUUCCGACAACUUUUAUAAUCAACGGACAUCGAUCAAGAUCAAUCGUCAAACACGAUCCAACGAUCAGGAUCAUUAGGUUAAGUGACACACGUUUAUCUAUUUUAAUUUCGUUCAAGAAGAGAUUCUUGAGAAACACGCACAUCAAGUUGGUGUUUCUGGAGGAUCUCUAGGGGAUCGGUAAAAUCUCAUAGACUAAUUCUGCAAUCGAAUUUUAUUUAACAUUAUUACAAUUAGUUAUAUUAAUCAUAGAAUACUAACGACGAGAAUUGUAUAUUAAUUCGAAUCACGAAUGAAAAUCGAUCCUUGUUAUACUCAUCUAUCUUCGAAUUUCCACCAUGCCAUUGCAAGUAUUUACGUAACACAAGUCCACGUAACAAGACCAAAUUUCUAUGUACAAUUAACAAUAAUAAGAACUAUUAUUAUCUCUCCGUUGUUUAUUUUAUUAAAAUUUGACAAUCACUUAUGUCGUUACGUCCGAUACUAUUUUAUUGCAAUGGAAGAAGAGAGUUGUGUAAUUAUUAUUGAAAAAUUGAGAUUUUUAUUCGAUCUUAUGUAUAUACGAUGAUAAUAUGUAUUUUAUUCCUUUUUUCCCUUCUUGAUGUAUUGUUUAGCUGCGGGGAUUAAAGUUCAUCCAUGAAUUAAGCAAGAUCAAGCUUUUAAAAAAGAGGAAAGAGGAAAAUUAUAUAGAGAGGAGAGAAACUUUACGAUUGUUUCUGUCCUAUCGUAUUCGCCAGGCCAUGCAACGAAGUUUACGCGUACCUUUUAUUUUCUGUCCUUAUCGACGAUACGAUGAAGAUUUUUCCAGCGGGAAAAAUAGUAUAAAUGGCGUCGCAUGCGAAAUUUCGAGUCUUCGCCCCGAUUAACAUAUCAAUGUAGAACGCACGAUCGAUGCGGAUAUUUAUCCAAUUACAGAAUCAGCAUUUCUUGAACUUUUGUAAUUAUUAGGUCAUCCCAUAAGUUCGUGCCGUUUUUCGAACGGUUAUGUAUGUUAAGAUUGUUUACAUGCCUUUCAGUUUCGUGAAAAAAUGUAAUCCCCCUCUCGUUGUACAACUUCUUCCCAUUUUUCAUUAUUCCGUAUCGAUAAAAGUUCUCUUGCUUUUCUUCAAAAUAAGAGAUGUAUACACAAAGGUCGGCACGAACUUAUGCGAUGACCUUGAUACUUACAUUUUCUUUUGCCUCGCGAUUUCAUUUUAAGUCGGAAAAUCAACAAACAAAAAAUGGACUUACUCUUUUCAUAUCUUCUGUUUUAUUUCCGAUUUAAAAGAUGUAUAUUAAAAAAGAUGUAUAUUAAAAAAGAUGUAUAUUAAAAAAAGAUUAUAGCAGGUGGGUAUAGGGGCAAGAGGAAUACUUUGUCGACACCACUCAUCAGACAGUAUAAUUAAAAGAUGUGUCCAUUUCUGUCAAGAAUAUUUGUACUACAGUAGAAAAUGCGUAUAAGAUUGUGAUGUGUCUAAUCCAUCGAGAUCAAGCCGCUCCACUCACCUUCUUUUCAGCUUUACACAGCAGAAAUAUUUUAUUUUUUAAUUUCUAUUUCAAACACGUUGAAGAAAUGCUGUUGAAGAUAUCCAAGUACGAUUGCAAUAGCCGAAUCGUUCGUGUUUUCUCAACAUCGCAAAACAUAUGAGAUAUUACUAGUAUUCCUAUUUCGAUGUCAGUAGCGUUUUUAUUAUGCCAAUGCAAACAGCGAACAUGUCACUCUUCCACGUCAGUAUUCGAAUUACAGCAAAAUAUUUUCAAUUUUUAUCAGAAAUUAACAUACGAUUUUAAUCUCGAGUCUUCCCAAUGAAAAACGAAUCUUUUAUUGGUGGAAGGACGAUGAAACCAAAAGUAAAUGUCACGUGCUGGAAUUCUGGAGGGAAAGAGAUGAUCGAGCAGUGCGUCAUGUCCAGCGAGGAGUGUGAUUCACAAGAGAAUUCUCUUGGAAGUGAACAUUUGACGAGUCGUCGACCGACAUUUCGUUUCGUAUGCGUCGAAUAUACACGCGAACCGUCACGAUCUUUCCGUUGCAUUGUACAUAUUUGUAAAGAGUUAGAUUAAUUUAUAGCGGCGGCUUCGUGCUCCCUUUUGAGUCGUGUUCACCACGAUGCGACGCGGCAUCGUGAAUCACGCUGGGGAAAACCCAGAAGUGACGAGCGACCGUGUGGAAAUCGCGCUCCGAUCUUUCACGCACCGAUUGUAUAAAGCUGUUUAUCGAUUAAACGUAAUUUUCGUCGAACAUUAA